AUGACCAAAGUAAACGGCUGGCAGAAUGGUCAGCGAUCUGGAAACGUGGACGGUCAUGUGAACGGCCGUGCGAUUGGGAAAGUAAACGGUCAGGUGAAUGGCCGUCUGAAUGGCCAUGUGAACGGAAAAGCAAACGGCCAGUCGAAUGGCUAUGCGAACGGGAAAGUGAACGGCCAGGUGAACGGCCAGGUGAACGGGAAGGUGAACGGGAAGGUCAACGGCGAGGUCAACGGCGAGGUCAAUGGCAAGGUCAACGGCCAAGUUAACGGUAAGGUCAACGGCCAAGUCAAUGGCAAUGUCUACGCUCAAGUCAACGGCAAGCCCAACGGCCACGUCAACGGCCAAGUCAACGGCCAGGGACCGACGAUGGGGCAGUACGAGUACCCGUUUCCGGACGUGAUGUCGUGGGCGUGGGACGCGGACAGCAGCGCGUGGAGCCACUUCGAGAACGACAACGCUCCGUCCGGCCAGCAGCGCCUGAGCGACGACGAGAACGGAAAUGUUGAUGCGCACGAGACAAAGCAUAGUGAGUCCGGCGCCGGCGGGCGCGGAGCGGCUGCUGCUGCUGCUGCUGCGGAAGCGGGGAUUGCGGAAGGGGCGCUUGAGGUUGCGCGCGCGGUUGCGCUGCGGGCUGUAGCGCGGAUGGUGGCGGUACUGGCGGUGUUGCGGUCCGCGUUGCCGUAUGGCAGCUGGUGGCGCAUGGAGGGGAAUGCGGAGAAGAACAUGGGGUGCGAGGCGGCGGCCGGUGAGGGGAAGGGGGAAGGCGGAGCGGGGGCGGCGGAAGCUGAGGGUGUGGGGAGCCUGGGGGAUGCGGGUCGCAAGCUGUGGCGAUUCUGUGCUCCGGACAAGGGACUGGUGGCGGUGGCAUUCGUCUUUUUGUCGCUUGCCGCGAUAUCGGAGGUGACGAUCCCGCAUCUGCUGGCGUCGACCAUCUUCGCGGCGUCAAACAACAUGGGCGCACAGUUCGCGCACAACGCCAAGCUGCUCGUGGCUCUCACUCUCGCCUGCGGCGCCUUCAGUGGGCUGCGCUCCUUCUGCUUCACGGUGCUCAACAUGCGCAUGGUGUGUCGCAUGCGAGAGGCGCUCUUCUCAACCAUCAUGCACCAGGACGUGAGUUUCUUUGACAAGGAAUCAGUGGGCGACCUGACUUCACGUUUGGGCGCGGACUGCCAGCAGGUGGCGCAGAGCACGGCGGGGGACGUCAAUGUCAUGCUGCGCAACGCGCUGCAGGGGGCGGGCGCCAUGUGCUUCCUGCUGCGCCUCUCCUGGCGCAUGGCGCUCAUCUCCGCGGGCCUCUGCGCCCUCAUGUGGUGCUGCCUCGUCGCCUACGGCAGGUUCCAGAGAGAAAGUGCCCGCCUUAUCCAAGACACAGUCGCAUCAGCCAAUGAGGUCGCGGAAGAAACCAUCUCGCUGGCUCGUGUGGUCCGCACCUUUGGCACGGAGCAGCAGGAAGUCAACAGGUACAAGGUGCCACUGCAGCGCCUGCAGCACGUGGGUCUCAGGCGCUCUGUGGCGUAUGGCAUGUGGAACUUUGGCGGCAACACCAUCUACAAUGCCACUCAGGUCCUUGCUAUAAUCAUGGGAGGCAGUGCAGUGAUGUCGGGAGCCAUCACAGCAGAGCAGCUGACGCAGUUCAUUCUGUACGCCGAGUGGGUCGUGCACGCCACCUGGUGGGUGGGCGACCACUGGGCGUCCCUCAUGGACUCCCUGGGCGCCUGCAGCCGCGUCUUUCAACUCCUGGACCUGCCAUCCUCGCCACAGCUCGCACAAACCAAAGGCUUACAAAUGCCAUGGCUGCAAGGCAAGAUUGAGUUCCGAGAUGUGUCCUUCCGAUACCCAACCCGCCCUGAGGCUUCUGUGCUGUCCCAUGUGAAUCUCACCAUCAAUCCAGGCGAGCUGGUGGCGCUGGUGGGGCUGAGUGGCAGUGGGAAAAGCACUCUGGUGGGGCUGCUGCAGCAGCACUACGAGCCGACUCAAGGAGAGAUUCUUUUGGACGGUGUUCCUAUAAAGGAGUUUGACACUAAGUGGCUGCGCGGGCAGAUGGGGGUUGUCAGCCAGGAGCCUCGUCUCUUCAGCACAGAUGUAGCAGCAAACAUUUCGUACGGCUCGGGCAGCCGAAAAAAGAGCCAUGAGGAGAUCACCCGAGCGGCCUGCGCGGCCAACGCGCACGAUUUCGUUUCGGAGCUGCCCGAAGGGUACGCUACAGUGGUGGACAACUCGCGGCUGAGCGGCGGGCAGAAGCAAAGAAUCGCGAUUGCCCGAGCGCUGGUGCGGGACCCAAAGAUAUUGAUUUUGGAUGAGGCGACGAGUGCGCUGGAUGUGGAAAGUGAGAGGAAUGUGCAGGGGGCACUGGAUGAGGCAAUGAAGAGGGGGAAGAAUGGCCAGCGCGAUCGUACCGUCAUUGUGAUUGCACACAGGCUGUCAACGAUCCAGGCAGCAGACCGCAUUGUGGUGAUGGCUCAUGGCAGGAUAAAAGAGGUGGGCACACAUGCACAGCUCAUGGCCAAGGGUGGUGAAUACGCAAGGCUGGUGAACAUGCAAGACCAUACACCAGCAUUCGCGAUGCCUUGA